GUGUCAGUUGUUGAUCCUGCCCAGAACACUUCAGUUCUGCUCUGCAAGGAUAUAUAAUACUGAUUGUAUAUCCAUUUAAUCUGAGAAAAUGGAGAAUGAGCAACCAGAAGAAACCUUCCCCAACACUGAAACUAAUGGUGAAUUUGGUAAACGCCCUGCUGAAGAUAUGGAGGAGGAGCAGGCCUUUAAAAGAUCUAGAAACACUGACCAGAUGGUUGAACUGCGCAUUUUGCUUCAAAGCAAGAAUGCUGGAGCAGUGAUUGGGAAAGGAGGCAAAAAUAUCAAAGCUCUUCGUACAGACUACAAUGCCAGUGUUUCAGUCCCAGACAGCAGUGGCCCCGAGCGCAUAUUGAGUAUUAGUGCAGAUAUUGAAACAAUUGGAGAAAUUCUGAAGAAAAUCAUCCUUACCUUGGAAGAGGGCCUGCAGUUGCCAUCACCUACUGCAACCAGCCAGCUCCCGCUUGAAUCUGAUGCUGUGGAAUGCUUAAAUUAUCAACACUAUAAAGGAAGCGACUUUGACUGCAAGUUGAGACUGUUGAUUCACCAGAGUCUGGCAGGAAGAAUUAUUGGGGUCAAAGGUGCUAAAAUCAAAAAACUUCGAGAGAACACUCAGACAACUAUCAAGCUUUUCCAGGAAUGCUGUCCUCAUUCCACGGAUCGAGUUGUUCUUAUUGGUGGAAAGCCUGAUAGGGUUGUGGAGUGCAUAAAGAUCAUACUGGAUCUUAUAUCUGAGUCUCCCAUCAAAGGACGUGCACAACCCUAUGAUCCCAAUUUCUAUGAUAAAACCUAUGACUAUGGUGGUUUCACAAUGAUGUUUGAUGAUCGAAGAGGACACCCUGUAGGAUUUCCCAUGUGGGGAAGGGGAGGCUUUGACAGAAUGCCCCCAGGCCGUGGUGGGCGUCCUAUGCCCCCAUCUAGAAGAAAUUAUGAUGACAUGAGCCCUCGCAGAGGACCCCCACCACCUCCUCCUGGACGUGGUGGCAGGGGUGGUAGCAGAGCUCGAAAUCUUCCUCUUCCACCACCACUACCACCUAGAGGAGGCGAUCUUAUGGCUUAUGACAGAAGAGGAAGACCCAGUGACCAUUAUGAUGACAUGAUUGGUUUUAGUGCUGAUGAGACUUGGGACUCUGCAAUAGAUACUUGGAGUCCUUCUGAAUGGCAGAUGGCUUAUGAACCACAGGGUGGUUCUGGAUAUGAUUAUUCCUAUGCAGGGGGCCGUGGCUCAUACGGUGAUCUUGGUGGACCCAUUAUUACAACACAAGUAACUAUUCCCAAAGAUUUGGCUGGAUCUAUUAUUGGCAAAGGUGGUCAGCGAAUCAAACAAAUACGUCGUGAAUCUGGAGCAUCAAUCAAAAUUGAUGAGCCUUUGGAAGGAUCUGAGGAUCGAAUUAUAACCAUUACAGGAACACAGGACCAGAUACAGAAUGCACAGUAUUUACUGCAAAACAGUGUGAAGCAGUAUGCAGAUGUUGAAGGAUUCUAAUGCAAGGUAUUUUUUUCUUUUUUAUAGUGUGAAGCAGUAUUCUGGAAAGUUUUUCUAAGACUAGUGAAGAACUGAAGGAGUUCUGCAUCUUUUUUUUUUUUUUAUCUGCUUCUGUUUAAAAAGCCAACAUUCCUCUGCUUCAUAGGUGUUCUGCAUUUGAGGUAUAGUGAAAUCUUUGCUGUUGACCAGAUGUAAU